AUACUCACCAGGGGCGGACUGACCAUUUGGAAACUUGGGCACUGCCCGAGGGCCCGGGUCAGUAGGGGGCCCCAUGAGAUGCCCCUGGUACCUUUUUCAUAGGCUUUUUUGAGUUUGGGCAAGGACACAGGGGCCCCAUGAUCCCCUAUUGCCCAGGGGCCCCAUGAGUUGCCAGUCCGCCCCUGAUACUCUGGCUUUUCUGGGUGUGGUUUGAGUGACCACCAUAAUGCUGAUGAGGCCCA